AGUAGGUGUAGGAAAGACGAGACGUGUGGUGGGUUGGCAUGGCAAUGGUAGUUGUGUUCGCUUUUCUCGCUUUUGCUUCAGUUUCGCCCAGUUUCGCCGAGCAACCGGUGAAGGAGGCUGAUGCGGCCAUUGGUGGUGGCGAGUUUCGGAUGAUCGUGGAUGCAAGUACAGGUCAUUGACUCAUGAUCCGACGAAGUCCGAGGUAGAUCAGUGGCUGGCUAGUAGUAGGGGUGAGCCAAACCAAGCACCGAUUGGCAACUUGGAAAACCCAUUCAAAGUUCAAACAAAUCCAGACGUGUGUGAAUGUUCAACAUCAACACCGAGGCUGUCUGCUAUGGUCUUGGUCAACUGGAGGUAGGUUUGCAACUGGCUGACCUACCGAUGAUGAUAGCAACGGUGAUGGCGGACAUGGAUGGCAGACUGAUCAGAUGGCUGGCAACAAAGUCAUCACAUCUGUGCCGUGCGCACUGGUACAUACCGGGAUAGUGGGAGUGUGUGGGACUGGCGAGAACAGUGUUCGUUACGAGUAGAGGCUUACAACAAUGAACUGGUAACGACGGUGUUGGUGAAGGGAACGGCCGAUAUCUCCAACCUAACCUGGCGGCCGUACAAAGGCAGCAUCAUGAAGGCCAGCUUGCCUGACGAGUUCAUCACCGCUCGGUAUCCUGAACCGUUCCAGCAAUGAGUGAUGAUAAUGAUGAUGGAAGCACGGACAGGUGGCCAAUGCCAAGCUGAAAGACAUGUUUUCACCACUGAACGGCCUGGUCCAGAACGGAAAGGGCCAGCGUGUACGGUUGAUUCAUGCAGGCACUUCACAUUCCCUUGUGGUAUAAACACAUCCACAAGGUUCACCACGAGUAGACUGCGCCGAUCAGCAUCUCUGUCCUGUACUGUCACCCGGUCGAGCAUUUCCUCUCAAAGAUAUUACCGGUAAUGGCUGGUCCCGUCCUGCUCGGCUCUCACUGUAUGCUGCUGCUGCUGUGGGCCUGCAUCUCGCUGGCCUCCGUGUCCGUCACACACUGCUGCUUCCACUUGCCGUUCAAGCCGUCCAACGAGUACGAUGACUACCAUCACGCAAAGUUCAACGAGGACUUUGGCAUACUGGGAAUCUUUGAUUUGCUGCAUGGCACGGACAGUCACUUCCGUAAAUCAAAGUCGUACGAGCGCCAUUCCAUGCUACUUGGCACCACCCCAGCCAACGUUCUGAUUCCGGACGAACCGAAGAAAUGCCAGUAAAAAGGUUAAGUCGGCAGUGCAUGUGCGCAUCCUCACUGCUGUUGCUAGUCUCCUCACAGUUUAUCUCACAGUUUAUCUGUGGAAUGGAACAAACUUCCAGAACACAUCCGCUGCGUUCAGUCCUCUGUCAAUUUUCGCAUUGCUCUAAAGGCUCAUUACUCUCAGCAUAGAUAUUCUCUGACUGGAAUUCCGAACUUUUCCGUUUGAGAAUUUUUUUUCCUUGAAAUUAAUCCUUGCUGGGGUUUUUUUUUCAUCUAAAUGUCCCGCUAUUAUCUGCAGAGGUGAUUUCUUCCCUCGUCGAUUUCUUUCCUGCUUUUAUACCUCGAUAUUUAGGUACUUGUUUCCCUUCUUCCCAUGCUUCAUCUUCCACUCUCCUCUCCCCAUUUCUCCAUUUUUCUUGCGAUAUUUAUGUGGGAGACUUCCGUGAUAAGCAUCCAUUUGCUUUUGGAGAAUCCUUUUAAAUAAAUACAAUACAAUACAAUACAGUCCACCCUUGACCGUCCCAUUCUCCAGUUUCCAUGCUAGUCUCCUCACAGUGCACCCUUGACCGUCCCAUUCUCCAGUUUCAAUGCUAGUAUCAUCACUACUCUACAUGUAUAUGUAUUUUAGCAUAUCCACCAUCAAUACUGGUCACAUGACAAAUUACACUUACCUACCCUCACUACUUCAAGUAUGCCGCUGAUAUUAUUAUUUUUAUUCACAUAGCUAUGGGUUUUUUGUGGCAAAUUUACUAGUGCCCUAGCUCGGCCCAAUCUGUGUUCUAUAAUGGGUGGUUAACGACAUCGCACUGUUCAAUCCACCAGACUUAUCAGUGUCGACUCUCAUAGCUAAUGUGCAUUUUUCCGAGCCAUCACCAAGAAGUUCUUUUUCUUUCUCAGCUAGGCCCGUUCACAGUUUGUUUCUAUUUCAAGUUCCGUCCGUUCCACCAUCCUGGAAGCAUGGAGAGGGACUUUAUUGUGAAUAUUUUUAAGUUUAUUACAAGCAAAAUAUUGGCUAUGACAUCAGUACUACUUACCGGCUAUACUGCUAUGACAUCACUAGUAGUUAACGGAUGUACUGUUAUGACAUCACUACUACUUGCUCCCAGGUCACUCUAAUGUUUUCUGUACCCGAUUACCGGUACUUAAUUACGUCACUAUUCAAGAUGCUUUAUACUUGAAGUACUGCAUGAAUGCUGACUUCAUACAAAGUGUUAGGAUAUGAAACCAGAAAUCAUAUGCAGUCAACACGUGCCUGUACUGUCCCAGACCGGCACAGCAAUUUGCUGUUGCCCCCCCCCCCCCUUGAACACUGUGUGGCACUGCGCUCGUGGCAAAUCCAAACUCAGGAUCUGCUCAUCCGAAUCCAGAGCCUCAGAGGACUCAGGUACCCCCACCCCAGCGGGCGUUACCAUACUCUUGUGCCUGCCCAUGAGCACGGCCAGUAGUGAUCUCUGGGUGCAGUAUCGCCACAGAAUCAGGGUCCGUGACGUUUGCCACCUCCAUUUA